AUUAUUGUUUCUUCACGGAGUGCAACAACUSUAUUAUAAUGCUUGAAUGAGCUUACAUGGCUUUUAUACUAGCAAAAGGAGAACAAAAGGAUCGAAAUGCACCAAUCACCACUUGACCCAACAUCUAGUGUUACAAUACAAGUCAUUUACAURUUAUGCCCUCCAAUCAAAUUCAAACCUCGUUSAUCCAUAAUCCGCUUGASUUCUGAUAUAAAUACAACUCACCUCCUYUUACCAAACAUAUCUCGUAUCGAAAUCAACUUGAUCAAGAUGCCAGCUACUCCAGGAAAGAAAAGCGCCGGUGGAAAGAAGGCUGUGAAGAAGGCACAGUCGGGUGACAAGAAGAAGAGRUCACGAAGAAGGAAGGAAACCUACUCCAUMUACAUCUACAAAGUCAUGAAACAGGUCCAUCCCGACACUGGUAUCUCCAGCAAAGCCAUGUCCAUCAUGAACUCUUUUGUUCAGGAUGUCUUCGAGCGCAUCGCUGGUGAAGCUUCCCGCCUYGCUCACUACAACAAGAAGUCAACCAUCACAUCUCGCGAGAUCCAGACCGCUGUUCGUCUUCUUCUACCCGGUGAAUUGGCCAAGCACGCCGUCAGUGAAGGCACCAAGGCUGUCACCAAGUACACCAGCAGCAAGUAAACAGUUUACUGUUUGCUACAAAACAACGGCUCUUUUAGAUAGGAGCCACCCACAUGAAUCGAAAGGCAAUCGCCUAAUGCUUAAAAAUACAUAACGUUUCACUUCUAUACGACAUCUUCGCAAUAAAUACCGGAAGCUUUGGCUCUAGAAUUUCGUGAUUUUGACUUGGCGCCAAAAACUAUUGAAGCAUAACAAACAGCUUGACCUUCAGCCGCGCGAGCUGCUUGCUGUCACAAAAUUAUCAAAUCAAGUGUCUUUCAUUUGUAUCAAAU